AUGCUCUGCGAUCUGUCUCAUCGGUUGCGGAACGCCAUAAUCUCUGGGAAUUUGCUUACCGUAAAGAGGAUCCUUCGAAGGUUUCCCGAAUUGUUGACAAAUGUCGAUCCAGAAAAUGGUUGGAGUUCACUACAUUAUGCGUCAUACCAUGGGAGGUACCUAAUAUGUGUCUACCUUUUGCAAUUAGACCAUGGCAAACGUGAAUAUGCCAAGACUUUCAAAGGAAAUACAUGUGUUCACCUAUCCUUAAUGAAUGGUCAUGAACAGACAGCUCAUUUACUAUUACAGCAUUUCCCUAAUUUUAUCAACCAACGCGGAGGUAAAGGUAGAACUCCAUUACAUGUUGUAUGUCUGAAGGAUUACUAUCAAUGCUUGGCAUUAUUGAUGAGUGCAGGUGCCGAUCUUACUGUGGCUGACAGUAAUGGUGAUACAGCAUUACAUAUUUGCAUGGAGUACGGUAGUUUGCAAUGUCUAAGGAUCCUGUUGAAAGAUGGGAAUCUUAUCAAUGAUGACAUAAAGGAUAGAUAUAAUUGGAAACCUAGUGAAGUAGCCAUAACUUUUGAUUUCGCCAAAUUAUACAAUAAAAUAAGAAAGGAUAUUAAAGUCACGGAAACAACAAUGAAAAAACCAUUGAUUCAUGCAUUAAAGACACCCGUGCUAGAGACCAAAUCAACAUUCGAUGCUGGACCUUCCCCUGUCUUAACCAUGAAUUCACCUUACACAUCAAUAUCCUUGAAUUCUACCUUACCACCUUUGCCCACAAUUGCCACAAGCAGGAAACAAUCUACUACAGCAUUAUCGAAACAAAGUUUUACCCCAUUAACAGCAUUACCACGGAAAUCUUUAUCCAAUUCUUCUUUGGUGUCUAGUGACUUAGAACCUGCUUCAUCGAUACAUUCGGGGUCUACUGCAUCUUCAAGAAUUCAAGAAUUGAAUAACGUAUUAGAACAACAAGCAUCAAACGCUGCAUCCACGAUAAGAAAUCAUUCGAAUUCUAUUGUCUCCACACAAUCCCAUGUUAUUAAUAACAAUACUAUCCAGAAUAAUAAAAAUAUAUUAAACAAUUUAGGUGAAGAGGCUCAUAAACAUGGUUUGAGUUUCCUAUCUAUUAAUACACAUAAAGAUACGAAUGAUCCGACGUCACCGACUGAUCAUUUGAGUCCAUCGAUCAGGAAAAAAUCUUCUUUGCUAAGCAUUCCAUUCUCAAAAUUAAGAAAUAGUAGUAUUAACAGUACAUCUACGAUAUCAGCAUCAAAUAAGGGUCCCACUUCAAAGACAUGA